AGAGUUGUCGGCGGUUGUGUUUUCGGGUUAUAUGCGGUUAUAUGUCUCCAUCAACUGCUUCAAUCAUAGGUUUCUAACUACCAACGGCGCCGUCCUAUAUCCUAAAAGCCCAAAUUGCCAAUACAACAAUGGCAAAAAUCUACAAACACUUUAACCCAGACCAAACUAAUCGAACGUAAAGUGUCCCAGGCCUAUGAGUCGAUCACUGAUCACCCUAAUGAGCAAAUAUGGCGGGUGACAAGGAUCCCCUGAAACAGUUGAAAGAUCUGACGCAGCUCAAAAGUCAGUUGGAGGAAAUCCAGAGGCGAGUGGAGAACGAAGUGACACUAGGAAUCCCUCCGGGAGGCUCAGUGUUGGGAUCACCAUUUCUGAAGGGCUUUCUGGCCGGCUAUGCGGUGGCCAAGCUACGUUCCUCUGCCUUCCUGGGACUACUAGUGGGUACAGCCACUGGUAUAUACGCGGCACAGAACUAUCCAGUGCCCAACAUUGAACGAACGGUGAAAGACUAUAUAAACAGCUUGAAGAAAGGACCAAAAUAAUUUGGGCUGACUGUUAGUUUGGUCAGUGAAAUAACAAGAAAAAGAGAUGCAGCUGCUGCCUUGACGGAGUCUUGUGACGGAUCAGCCUUAACGUAAACUUGAAUAUAAUGACAUAACUGGAAUUGUAUUGGGGACUCAAAGCAAAAGACUGCAGUUUUUAUUAGCAUUUUGUUUCAGGUUCAGUUAAUUACUGCCAUUUAGUUUCAGCUUGUGUAUGUUUGAUGUUGGCACAAAAUGGAGGACUAUGUAUUUCAAGAGUGCUUGGUCCAUCUGAUUAUAAAAAAGGCCUGCUGCCUGGAGCAGUUAUCUAGGCAUGUUAGAAUUUUAAUUGGUCAUGUGCAAAACAUGCAGUAAUUCCUCCAAGUGUCUGCUACGCCCUUAUUGUUCAGUUUAAAAUAUAUACACAAAGUAUUACAAAACAAAGAGCUUCUAAGUAUUUUGUAAUAGAAAUUGAAAUGGUUGAGAAUUAUAGUUAUUUAUUUAUUUUUGCACUAUAGCUACUAUUCAGAUUAGUUAAAGUUAAGAGUUUAUUUUGAGUCAUAAAGGAUGAUUGCGGUCCAGAAUUUUGGGACCAGAUCCCCAGACAGGCUCAGGAGACAGUGGGUGAAAAGGGUUCUGUGGGGGGUCCUCUUUGGGCUGAUGGUCCUUAUCUAUGGCUCUCAUGCCCCACUCAUCACCCUCACCAAGGUGAAUGGUCAAGUCCCUUUCAACCCAUCAUCGUGUGUUUUCAUGAUUGAACUAUCCAAACUCCUGGUUUCUCUGGCCUCUCUUGUUCUAACCGAGGGUACAUCCGCCUUACAAGCUCCUCCACCUCUCCUCCGCGUGGCCCCCUACGCAGUCCCUGCCCUCCUCUACGCCCUCAACAACAACCUAGUGGUUCUCAUGCAGGCCUACAUGGACCCAAGCUCAUACCAGGUCCUUUCUAACCUGAAAAUUGCCUCCACCGCCCUGCUGUACUCCUUCUGCCUGGGCAAGAGGCUCCGUCCUUCUCAGUGGUUAGCUCUGGGGCUUCUCAUGUGCGCAGGGGUGUGCCACAGCUACAGCAGUCUGGAUCUAGGAGACCCCGUGAGGGUUGAAGCGGAGGAAGGUCCCAGGAUUCAUAUCACAGCUUGGGGGCUUUUCCUUGUGCUGGUGUACUGCUGUGUUUCAGGGCUGGCAGCAGUUUACACAGAGAGGGUCCUGAAGAGCCAGAAGCUGCCCCUCAGCCUGCAGAAUAUCUACCUCUAUGUGUUCGGUGUGGCCAUCAACGGGCUCUCCUCCUUCUCCUUUAUAACAGGGGAGAAGAGCUUUCUGGAGGGAUACUCGGGGGUGGUUUGGGUUAUUAUAGCGGGGCAGGCAGCCAACGGUCUCCUCAUGUCUGUGGUGCUGAAGCACGGCAGCGGGAUCACCAGACUGUUCGUCAUUUCCUGCUCCAUGCUGGUGAAUGCUCUGCUGUCUUGGGCCAUGUUAGGGCUGCAGCUCACGCCUUUCUUCCUCCUACCUGUUUCUAUGACUGGACUGGCAGCUUACCUUUACUACAGAUAGUAAAUAACUGAACCACGAGGCUCAUUGAACUCAUGACAGUCCAGCUGUACCUGCUAGUUUUCCAGAUGGGAUUUGUUUUCUGCCUUAUAUCUAUCUGCCUUCUGAAAUCCAGAAUCCAACACAUAACCAUAAACCAAAUAAGUGAACAUGUAUUUCAGCUGAGCUCUUAUUCCACAGUUUGCAUCAUAUUUUAAAAUGUAUCAAUAUGUUGUACAGAUGUAAGUCCAUUGAAGAAAUAAUAAUGCAAGUUUGGGGUAUAAUAUGUUCAGUUCAACAUUUCUGAAGAGUGCUGCUUUGUCUAUUUGUAUUUCGUUCUCUGGCCAGAACACUGUCAAAGAUAAUGUCUGGUGUUAUAAAGUGUGUUAAUAAAUAACAUUGUUUCAA